CUUUAAUUGUACCACUUACAACCUCCACUACAUAUUGCCAAGAUAACAAUCUCGCAUGUUGUGCUGGAUAUGCAUCUAGUGCAGACCGUAGCGUAACAAUUUACCUAAUUAACAUGAGUGAAGAAGAUAUAUAUUUUAAUAGUGCCACUCUUUAUCAUGGGGCAUGGACUCCCGAUUGUAGUGCCACCACAAUUGAUACAGUAUGGAACGAUAACGCUAUAGCAAUUGCUAGUGGAUCAAACGAAUACUUGUCUGGGACUGAGGGUUUAGCUACUUUUAUUAUUGGAAAUUAUAGAGCAUAUUUCACCAUUAGUUGGGAUAAUCCCUAUGUUGGUAGUAGUUCGUUUUCUAUUGUUCUUUCAGAUACCACAAUCUACUCUAAUGAAACAAUUAGUUAUGGUUGGACCGAUAUGUGGAGUGAAUUUUUGGAAUCAGAAGAUUUGACAGAUAAUGAGAAACUUGAUAUAAAAAAGAAAUUAAUUGAUGCUGAUAAUUUAAUCAAAGAAAUAUCACUAAAAUCUUUAUCAUUGUAUCAAGAUAAAUAUAUUAGCAAACGAAUUAAUAUACAAGAAAUAAAAGAAAUGACAAAGACCUUAGAGGUACAACAGGAGUGA